AUGGGAGCAGACUUCAAAUUUUCUAUUCCUCACCGCCACCCCACAACACUUCCCAUGUUAUAUUUCCUAUUAACGUUUAUGAUCUCAAGUGUCCCAUCUUCCAUUUGCGAGAUCAAGGACACGCCCAUCGUCGACGACUCUCGACCCAUGAUCUUGUUCGAGCUAUUCGGGUUCGCUCCACUCGGCGAAGUCUCCAUUUCAAUAAAACAUUUUUCAUGGAAAUCAUCAAUUAAUCAUGGAAACGCAAAACCUAAUCCUUCUUCCAUGGGAUUCUUCCUCGCCACCGAAUCAUCGUUCCCACAAAUCCUGAAUGAGUUAGAGUACAACGACAGCUUUUGCGUCCUCUCAAGCCUUUACGUAAAACUCAUCUUCAAAAUCGACAACCUCAACGGUUCCGUCGUGGUAGAAGACCCCGGCCAAUACUUUUUGGUAUUUGGAAGCUGCCAACCGGAAUUCGAAGUCACCAUGGACGUGCACACCGAGAUGUACAACUUACGAGACGGCGUAAAAGAUUUCCUCCCCGUCGGAAAAACCCAAUUGCCAAAACUUUACUUUCUCUUCUUCCUCGUAUACCUAGGGUUCUUCGCCCUAUGGGUUUUCAUUUGCACCAACCAAACGCCCAACGUCGACAAGAUCCAUCUCGUGAUGGGCGCGUUGCUGAUUUUCAAAGCACUGAAAAUGAUAUGUGCUUCGGAGGACACGCUGUUCGUGAGGAAAACGGGAACGCCCCACGGCUGGGACAUAGCGUUCUACGUGUUUGGGUUUUUCAAAGGGAUAAUGCUGUUCACGGUGAUAGUCCUCAUCGGCACGGGGUGGUCGUUCCUGAAGCCUUACCUGCAGGAGCGAGAGAAGAACGUUUUGAUUGUGGUGAUUCCGCUGCAGGUUCUGGAGAACGUGGCCAGCGUUGUGAUUAACGAAGCUGGGCUUUCGGCGAAGGACAGGUACGCGUGGACCAGGAUUUUCAUUUUGGUUGACGUCGUGUGCUGCUGCGCGGUCUUCUUUCCGAUCAUUUGGUCGGUGGGAACGUUGAAGGAGGCGUCGAAGACGGACGGCAAGGCGGCUAGGAAUUUGGAGAAGUUAACGUUGUUUAAAAGGUUCUAUGUGGUCGUGAUUGGGUAUUUGUACUUCACGAGAAUCGUGGUUCCCUCGUUAUGGGCACUGUUCGGUAGCUAUAAAUUUGAGUGGAGUAAUAUUGCGGUGAGUGAGGUGGCAAGCUUGGGUUUCUACGUGUUUAUAUUUUAUAACUUCCAACCAAUUGAGAAGAACCCUUACUUGGCCAUUGAUGAUGAGGAAGAAGCUGUUGCAACACAAAUAUUACAAGAAGAAGAUGAAUCGUUUGAUCUUUAG